CUGACACUGGAGUGAAUGGGCAGGAACCAAUUCGUACGACUGGGGGAAAAUUGGCAGCGACUCUGCGGCCGCAAAAUUCGCCGCCGCAACGAAGGAGAGCAACUUUGAGAUCGAGGAGGGGAAGCCAUAUGCUGAGGUACAUCCCGCUGCUCCCGUCCUCCUAGCACCCGCACCGCAUCCCUCCGGGGAUAAACAACAUGUCGCACCACCCAGGACUGCCAUAUGUUGACGUAUCCGACUAGCUGUGGAUGGGCACGCACCCGUCGAACCCCUCGCGCGAUGUCAGCACCGGGCGAACACUACUCGAUCUGGUGAGCGAGAACCAGAUGCUGCUAUCGACAAGUGUCGCGGAGCGGUACGGAGAGAAGCUGCCGUUUCUCUUCAAGGUUCUCAGCAUCCAGAAAGCGCUCAGUAUCCAGGCGCAUCCGGACAAGAAGUUGGCCGAGAGGCUGCACAGGGACGACCCGAAGAACUACCCUGAUGACAACCACAAGCCCGAGAUGACGAUAGCGGUGACGCCCUUUGAUGGUUUCUGUGGUUUCCGUCCCCUGGAGCAGAUCGCGAGCUUCUUGCAGCACGUAUCGGAGCUGCGGGAUCUCGUUGGCGCAUCGGAGGCGGAUUCGUUCAUUUCUGUGGCGUCAUCCUCUUCUCCUACCGAUGAAAAGAAGGCUGCUCUCAAGUCCCUUUUCACCACCCUUAUGACCGCGCCCGAGGACAAGUUCAAGCCUCUGACCCGCUCCAUGGCCCAGUCCGCCGAACGCGACCCUGCUGCCUUUGGUGGCCCCGAACAUGGAGGAAAGGUCAUGGGAGACCUGAUCGUCCGGCUGAACAAGGAGUUCCCCGAGGACAUCGGUCUGUUCUGCUCUCUUUUCCUGAACUACAUCACCCUCCAACCCGGCGAGGCGAUCUUCCUCCGCGCAAAUGACCCGCACGCGUACCUGAGCGGUGACAUCAUCGAGUGCAUGGCGGCCUCCGACAACGUAGUGCGCGCAGGAUUCACGCCGAAGUUCAAGGAUGUCAAGAACUUGGUCGAGAUGUUGACGUACAACUACGCUCCUAUCGAGGAGCAGAAGAUGAAGCCCACGCCUUGGGCAAAGUCGCACGGACAACAGGGCACAAGUGUGCUGUACGACCCUCCGAUCGACGAGUUUGCGGUCGUGAAGACGGAGCUGAAGGCCGGCGCCAAGGAGGAGUUCGAUGGCGUGGAGGGACCGAGUAUCGUCAUUAUCACCGAGGGAAGUGGAAGCAUUGCGGUCGGUCCAAAGAAACAAAACAUUCACCAGGGCUUGGUGUUCUUUGUGGGCUCAACAGCGCUGUUGGAGCUCGAGGCCGCAGAAGAGGGAUUGGUUGCAUUUAGGGCGUUUUGUGAGUUGAAGUAGGACGCCGUUGCCGCCACAGUAGUGAGGCGAAGGGCUGAUGGGGAAUUCCAGUAGCGCCAGAGGGAAAA